AUGGCCAAGACUAAAGAUCUAUCGGCUCAAAGCGAUCCUAAUCCCAUCAACCCAGGUGGCCCUGAAUCUUUACCGCGCGCCAAUACCUGGCAUGGUCUUCCCGGCAUCAAACGACCAGAUUCACCUGUAGAUGCCGCGCCCGGUGAGCCCAAGAAGGCUAUUGUCGAGUCGCCUGCUGUUCAUCGACCUCCCAAGUCGCCUGAAGAUUACUGCGGUCCGUACUUGCAAUUUGUUGGCACGCGCGAUGGGAGUUGGUUCGGUUCUGCUUUGUUGUUGCGGCAUAAGCAUUUGGCGUUGCCUGUUUUCACCAUGAAGACCGAGGAUGGCGCAAAGGUACAAGAGCCAAGAUGGGAGACAUUGUAUGAAGACAUGUUUGGUAUGACUUGCUGGAGAUUGCAUCUUGAGGUUGAGACGUUGUCUGGUAUUGGCGAGACGACCGUUUCUUGGCUUUGUACAUGGCCGCAUGAGGAGAAGGAAGAUUUCACCGAGAAGGGCCGGUUUGUGGUGCCUCACCAAGAUGGUGUCUGGCGCGGCGGCUUCUUCAGCUGUAAUGGCUUCGAUGCCACUGUUCCAACUAACUUGGCACAAUCGCUCACUUACACACAGGUCUGGAACCAUCUUGGCUCUGUUCAUCUCGAAAAACCCAUGCAUCUGCUCAUUUGGGGCGGAGACCAAAACUAUAUUGACAACAUCUUUGACGAUAUUCCCUUCCUGAAGCGCUGGGUCGAGAUGGACUGGAAUACAAAGUGGCAACAUGAAUUCAGUCAGAAGACUGAAGAAGAAGUCUGUCGCUACCACAUGUACAUGGCAUUGGAAAAUUGGGAACGACCAGAGGUCAAGCUGGCCCUUGCCAACAUCCCUAGUCUGAUGAGCUGGGAUGACCAUGACAUCUUCGACGGCGCAGGAUCAUACCCACCUCUGCUCCAUGACUCGCCUGUCAUGAUGGGACUCUUCAUCUGUGCACAGCGAUAUAGGCUGCUGUUCCAGCACCAUACGACGCCAGAGCUCGCACGCUCACAUCAGUUGUUUGGUUACAAGGGUCACAACCAGAUCAUUCAAUGCGGACCCAAGCUCAGCGUCCUUCUGACUGAUGGCCGCACAGAGCGAACCCCGGAAACCAUUCAAGAUGAUAGGACCUGGAAAGAGACAUUCGACAGGCUCGAUGCUCAGAUUCCGCAAACCACGCAGCAUCUGCUUGCCGUCUUUGCUGUUCCCCUAUCCUUUGUUCGCAUCCGUUUUGCAGAAAGCGUGUUUGAGCGUCUUAAGAAUGCACCUCACAUAGUGCGACAACUACCUUUGGUGAAAUCAACCAAUUCCAUCUUUGGCUUGCCAGAGCUGUACGACGAUUUGUUGGACGAAUGGACUCACGAGAACCACAUCAAGGAACGCAACUCUGCGAUUGCCAACUUCCAGAAAUUUGCAGAGAAGCGUCAGUGCCGAGUCACUUUCUUGUCUGGCGAUGUUCAUUGCUGCGGCCUAUCACGAUUCCGAACAAAGCCAUCACACAAAAACGACGAGUCACUCACCCCGGUAGCUGAUCCAAGGCUCAUGUAUCAGAUCAUCUCCUCUGCCAUCGUCAAUAUGCCCCCGCCACGCAAUGCCCUCCGAGCUUACCACUACUUCAAGAUGAAGUGGCACUUUGAUGGCACUGAGGAGGAGCUACUCAACUACUUCGAGCGACGGCCCGAGGGUGGCCGUAAAUUGAGACACCAAAAGUUACUCCCGAACCGCAACUGGUGUCACUUUUCACUCGUGGGUCCGACACCGCCAGAGCCAUCGCCUGGUGGUAUGGCUGGCUUGCGACUCAAUCAAGCAGAACCUGUUGUGCCACGCACCCUCAUCAAUGGCGUAGCAAACGGCGAGCUGCCAGCCAAUGUUGCUGGUGUGGAUGGAUCGCAUCAAGUCCGUUCAAGUGCGAAUGGGCCAGACUUUUGGCGUCACCACUGGCCUUUCACAAAGCAUCAUCCCUACCCAAGCAGUCUAGGACCUACCUCUGAUGAAAGUGGUCUUGGUGGCGGUGAGCCAAGAAUCCAUAAACACUCGGGCGGUCGUUUCUGCAGACACGGCAAGCAUGGCGGUAUUGAACGCCAUGAAGACUUUGGUCGUGGGCUCGAGGGUGACUUGCGCAUCAGGCUCUGGGUCGAGUCGAGUCUCAAGACGGACAAGGGACGCAAGUUUGCCUCGUAUGAGGUUGUUGUGCCACCUGUUUUACAAGUUGGACAUGCAACGAAGUAG